AUGAAGGUUUUUGUGGCUCUAGGGGUCUGGACGCUCCUUGCUGCCUUGAUAUGGCCUUGUGCUGAGAGCAUCUAUGUGACAGUAAGUUGUUCAAUGGACUGGGUGAUGGUCUCUGUUAGCCCAUGGGGGCACAAGAACAAUCUGUACAUAUCUGCUGAUGAAUUGCAUCUGGGAUCAGGUUGCCCUGUGACCCGGAUACAGACCUAUGCAUAUGAUUUUAUAUACCCCGUACAUGACUGUGGGAUCAGGACGAAGGUUGUCUCAGAGGAUACCCUCCUUUUUCAAACAGAGAUGUUCUUUAACCCUCGGAGUAGGCACUAUGCGUGUCAGAAAAUCCCUUUGGAAUGUUUUGCCUCUAGGAAAUCAGUGUGGCUUACACCAGUUUCUACAGAUAAUGAAAUAAAAGGGGACCCCAGUCCUUUUGUUGUUGACUUUGAGACAACACCAGAAGAGCUAGAAUUACUAAGUACAAGUCAGAUGAAUUCCCUCUUACAUGAAGACUUGGAAUUGGCAUCAUGAACUU